UUGUUUAUUCUUGUUGCAACAACAAAUAAAUAGAGCAGGAAGAAUGGCAGGAGAUAGGAAGAUAGGGGUGGCUAUGGACUUCUCAUGUACCAGCAAGAACGCUCUUAAAUGGGCUAUAGAUAACUUGGCUGACAAAGGAGACACCCUUUACAUCAUCCACAUCAACCCCAACUCUCUUGAUGAGUCUCGCAACGUUCUCUGGGCCAAAUCUGGUUCUGCUCUUAUUCCUUUAACAGAAUUUAGAGAGCCACAAAUUAUGAAGAAAUACGAUGUUAAAACUGAUAUUGAAGUUCUUGACAUGCUUGACACUGCUUCUAGACAAAAAGAGAUACAGGUUAUCACAAAACUGUACUGGGGAGCAGAUGCUAGAGAAAAAAUUCUUGAUGCUAUUGAAGAUCUAAAGCUCGACUCUAUGGUUAUGGGAAGCAGAGGACUUGGAACCGUUCAAAGGAUUAUCUUGGGGAGUGUGAGCAACUACGUUAUGACGCAUGCUCCUUGCCCUGUUACCAUCGUUAAGGAACCAUCGAGGUCCAGCAAGCACUGAUAAGUUUAUAUUUCGAAUUUGAUUUACAAAACAAUAAUGUAUGGUUUUUUCGGCUCGAUCUGCUGUUCCUUUUUGGUUGAUCAUGUUGACUAAGGACUUUGGUUGUUUCUCAAAUGUGGAACUUUGUCAUAUAUGAAUUGUUAUCAAUUUGUGUUCCUUUGGUAUUGAUUUAUGGCCCUACUAUCGAAAUCAUAUUCCUCAUGUUGAGGAAAAGCUGAU